GGCUCACUGCUUUCUCCCCCAAAAGGAGGAGCGGCGUUGGGCAUCUCCCCUCCUCUCUGUCGAAACAUUUCGCACGAUCUCGAUGCCCAGCUAAAGAUUUUGGGUGGGAUUCUUGAGCUGGCGAUUGUGGAGGAAUAAAGGAGGAGAUCGGCGAUGGGGCAGGCGUUCCGGAAGCUCUUCGAUACCUUCUUCGGCAACAAGGAGAUGAGGGUUGUGAUGCUUGGACUGGAUGCAGCAGGUAAAACUACAAUUUUGUACAAGUUGCACAUUGGAGAGGUCUUGUCAACGGUCCCAACAAUUGGUUUUAAUGUAGAAAAAGUUCAGUAUAAGAAUGUGAUAUUUACAGUCUGGGAUGUUGGUGGGCAAGAGAAAUUGAGGCCUUUGUGGAGGCAUUACUUUAACAAUACAGAUGGUCUGAUCUAUGUAGUUGAUUCGUUGGACAGAGAAAGAAUUGGGAAAGCUAAAGCAGAGUUUCAGGCCAUCAUCAAUGACCCGUUCAUGCUUAACAGUGUCAUUUUGAUAUUUGCAAACAAACAGGAUAUGAGAGGUGCAAUGACCCCAAUGGAGGUAUGUGAGGGUCUUGGUCUCUAUGGCGUGAGGAAUCGGGUGUGGCACAUUCAAGGAACUUGUGCUCUCCGAGGUGAUGGUCUCUAUGAAGGUCUGGACUGGCUCGCCAGUACUCUUAAUGAACUACAAACUUCAAGACGCUCAACCUCAGUUGGCAGUUCAUCGUUUUGAUUCUAGAAGGUUCAACCAACCGCUCCUCUGGCACACAUGCAAGCUGAGAAUUCAUCAGAUUCGCGAUGAUGCUGCAACCAACCAACCACUCGCGAGGUGUAUGAUUUCAUAUGUUGCAUGAAUUGGUCUUGUUACUCGCUCCCCCGGUUGUCCUACCAAAUGUCAGCGUUCAGUGAUAUUCUGGUAUUAGGUUAGGACAUUUGCUCCUGGGGAACCAUUGUUUGAAUCUUUGAUGCAUAUCUGCAGCUUGUGUGAAAAUGCAGUUUGAAGAUGCAUUUGUUUGCUAUGGAAAUAGGAAUGAUCUGUUUGGAGUAAAGGAAUUUUGUGUGCUUA